AUGCACCGAGUCCCAGGGGAUAUCCACGCUUGGGCUUUUCGGCGGCCACCAUCCUACCAUCCAUCCCAUCACCGCUCCUUUUUCCCCACCACGCCAGCACACUGCUGCCGACCUCUUACCCAGACACGCCGAGUGUUGUUGUAUCGCAUCUUCACCCUCGCUUCCGCCCUCGACGCCCUCGACGCCCUCGACGUCUGCCAGAGCGCGCUCCAGCCUCUUGCGUCGAACGGCAGUCUCCACUGCACCUACCCGUCUCCGCUGCAUUACAUUCGCGCUUGCUUCCCGCAUCCAGGUCCCUGCCUGUCUGUCUGA